GUGAAUUUGGGACUAUCAUCGAUCGUAAAGACUUGGCUGAAUUACUCGAGGGUGAUUCUGUGGAUAUGUGUAUCAUUCAAUCCUUUGCAUUGUGUGCCUUAGCUAAAUUGAAUGAUUUGCAACGUGAUGAUGUUGUAUUUUUGUGCCCCUUAUUGUGCUCUUAUGGUUCUUAUCAACUUGACAAGAAGGGCACAAUAACAUAUAUGAAACAAUCUUUGUGUGCGACAUUUGGAAAAAGAAUGAUCUUGCUUCCAUAUAAUGAAGGAUUUCAUUGGAUUUUGAUAGUUAUUUGCCCCUCGGUUAAUAAAGGCUAUAUCUUCAAUUCAAUCCCAAGCUUUUCUAAUAUCAGCAUUCAGAAAGAUCUAGCAUUAGUAUACAGAGUUGCUUCCGCAAGAAAUGGUGAUGGAAAGCCAAUCACAUGACAUAAUGUUAAGGUAAAUUCAUCAAUAACUUAUUUCAAUCACCAUUAACUUUGAUACAUAUAUUUUGUAAAUUUGUAUUUCAAAAAAGUGUGCCAGACAAAACGGAAACACAGAAUGCGGAUAUUAUACCAUGCGAUACAUAUGGGAAGUGAUUUCGUAUGUUGAUAGCUUUGAUAUUGGAAAGGUAUAUCAUUAUUUAUUCUUAUUUUUUAUCUAAAUAUUUGUAGGAUUGGUAUGAUUUUUCUUGGAUGUACUCUUAAAUAUGUAAAAGUUGUUUACAUUGAUUAUAUAUGUCGGAAUUUUUAUAUUAGCAAUUACGACAUGUUUAU